UUUCUAAGAUUGUAUAUCCAUUACGUUCCAGUAGAAAGAUGUUGUCUAAACAACAUUAGAAAUAUCAGAUGUCUGCUGGAUAAUAUUGGAAUAACUAGGCGUUUUGAGAUCUUCUCUUUGUUGGGAAUUUAUUUUAAUAUUUGCGCUUUGACAUUUACUACAUCUUGCACCAAUAUAACUUAAAAUAUAUGUAUAUGUGUGCGCUUAUAAAUACAACCAUAUUAAACUGUUUUCGCAUAUUCAUUUCAACAGCUUGGAAUAGUUAAUUAUAUAUCAGCACGUCGUUUAUCAUUGGAAUACUUGUUUCAUGGUAACAAGAAGAAAAAAUAUUUUUUUUGGCGAUUUUAACAGUUAACGUAAAAAAGUGGAAUAAUUUAUAGUGAUUUAAAUAAAGCAAGUAAAUACUUUACCUCAAUUCGUUCCUUUUCACGAAAUAUUUGCUCAGUGGAAAUGUUAUAUCUAAAAUAAAAUUACCAUGGAUACCAUGUUCUGCGUCUUGAAGGCAUAACACUCGAAAAAAAGAAAAUGAUCAAAACAUCAAACAGUGCUGUAUUAACUGCAUUGCUAUAGGACGCGACGGAUUUUAGAAGAACUGGAUAACUAUACAGUUAUAUCUCGUUCUCCUAAGGAUGGAAUUAAGAGGUAAAGUGGCGUUGGUAACUGGUGGAACCUCAGGAAUGGGAAGCGGAUUUGCAGAAGCCCUCCUGACAGAAGGAGCAAAGGUGAGUAUCGUAGAUUACAACGAGGAGGCUGGGCGCUCAACUGAAAAGGAUCUUGCGGAAAAGUACGGCAGCAGUAACGUCAUCUUCUGUCCGUGUAAUGUUACCUCACAGGAACAGUUUGAAGAAGCAUUCCGACGUACGCGGGAGGUGCUUGGUGGCCCGGAUAUUGUGGUUAACAAUGCUGGUGUCGGUGGGGAAACGGACGAUAAGUGGGAAGCAGUUAUCGACAUCAACCUGAAGGGGACGUUACGGGGCACACGACUUGCACUGAGAUAUAUGAGUGAGGCGGGAGCUGGCAGCGGCGGUGUCAUCAUCAACAUGGCCAGUAUGGCGGGGGUAAAUCCAAAUCCGUUUUCCCCCGUUUACGGGGCAUCGAAAGCUGGUAUUAUUCAUGCGACAAGAUCUCUAGCAAUAUCACCUGAUGUUCAAAAGUCCGGUAUCCGUCUAAAUGUAUUGUGUCCCGCAUUCGUGGACACGCCGAUGUUCAGGAAUAUGGCUUCCGGUGACGCCUCGCAGACUUCCGGUUCAAACCAGGCGGCGGUGAAGGCAUUUGUGGACCAUAUCGGUGUUAUGAGCGUGGAAGAGGUUGCAGCUGCUUUUCUUGAUUUAGUCAAAGACGAAACAAAAAACGGAAUCAUUUUGCGGUGUGCUAAGAAAACUGGAAUCCAAUAUAGUACUCUAGCUGUACAGGAUGUAUAAUCGAUACGGACGCCAGGAAUCGUGCCAAAUCUGAGAGAAAAUUUAAAUUGUUUCCCUAUUAUGUAUCAAAGUCCAUUUAGCGGUAACUCUCCUCUUGAUACAUCUUCACGGAUCGUCAAGGUAGCUGACUGCGUAGGCCAAUGCAGUAGUUAGUGACUAGUGAAAAACAAAAGGAAUGAUAUCUAACGAUCUACAAUGAGUGAAUUGCUCUUGGUAACAGGCCUUUCGAUAUUACCCAAAUAAGAUUGGCAUUUGGGGCGACAAUCAGUUCAUGCCUAAAAUGGUGGUAUUGUUCUCAGGUGUCUAUAAAUUACCUAAUUGCCUCAGUUUAAACCAUCUAAGCUUUCUGUAACAGUAUCAAGUGUGAAUCGAUGAAGCGUGCAGAUCGGACAGUAUUCAUUGUGUUUUAUCACCUUUCUGUGGGACCAAUUUAUGUAUUAAAAUGGUCGAAUAUCAUGUCAAAAUUACUAAGACAGCAUUACAAAAAUAACAUUCAUAUAUCUGUCUGUGAACUGAAAAUUAAAAACAUAUUCAUUUCAGCUUUUGACUGUUGACAUUACUAGUACAGUUUUUAUUGUUUUGUUUUAUAAGCAUGCUUUAUUAUUUAACAUAUCUAUCAAUACUUAUUAUCUUCGCCCUCCUUGCAGACCGAAGAGACUUUCAGUGCUUUGAUAUAUAUAUAACAUUUAGUUACAGCCAUUGUCCGCGCAAAGUAGGUUCUGUGCAACGGGAUUCAAAGGGACUAUAAUCUAUACAUUUAACAAUUGUAUUAUGCAAAACAAAUAUAUCUUCUUAAACAGCGAUACAUUUCUAGAUUUAGCUGUACUUUGGCGUCUUAAACUUAAAAGUUUGUAUGCUACCUGUUCACAAAGUACCGGCUUCUUGAUGAGAUAUGUGCAUGUUUUGAAUAACGUAAUUUAUCUUAUUCCGUAUGACGGCUUUGUAAUCAAACUUCUAUGACAUUUUUUAAUGCAAAUAAGGACUUGAAUCGCAUAAUCAUGAUGAAGAGCUCUUACUGAACGUCAAGUCAAUGCUGUUGUUGUUAUGCUUACUGAGUAUUCAGCGUUAUACCGAACAUUGAGAUUAUAUAGGAUGAUUUGGCCAACCUACAAACUACUUCUUCAACAAUUUAUACAUACAAAUGUUAAUCAUGUGUUUACUAAACACUUUUAAAGAACAAGUUUCCUUUUUAUGUGCUUGUAUGUUUUUUCAUUAUAUGCCUUCGAACAUCAAUCAUCAACUUUCUCUUGGUUUAUAAAUGUUUGCCAGCUGUAUAUGGAUUUAUAAGCGCCCAAUCACAUUGACAGAACUCAGGUAUCUAAUUGAUAAACAAAAACUGAGGAAAAUUUCUGAAUCAACUAGAACCUUUCUGGUCUCAUUAGGUGCUCAAAUCAAUUGUUAUUUAACUAUAUGAUAUUUUAAUUAUAGUGUAAAUGUAUUGGGUUGUUUCUGCAUGUUGGUAUUGAGGUAAUGUUUACUUAGUUGAUAAUUACCUGCAUUUUCUAACUUGUAUGCCUUUCCAAUAGCAUAAAGACACACAACGAACAUGUUCAAACAUAAUUUAUUCUAUAAGUUUUAUUAAUUAUGGAAAGGUUUUGGUUCUUGCAUCGAAUUAAUUUAUUGUUAAUGGCGAAACGAAUCAAUUAAACAUAUCUCAAUACACCAUUUUCUUUUUUUAUAAUUUAAGAAAAUACAUGUU